GAAAAUUCAAAUAUGAAUACAGGAGACCGUAAGGAGCAAGCCCCAUUAACACCACAACAAUCGCCGACGCAGCCGGAGCAGCAACAGCCAAUUACCAGACACGAUGCCUUGGACAGUUCUAGUUCCACCAAUAAGCUAAAUCAUAAAUUCAAUAACGAUAAGGAUAAGGAUAAGGAUAAUAAGUCUAGCGAUAAGAGAAGGGAGCCCGGCCGAGAUUUACUGCCAACGGCCAGUGUUGUCAUCGUUGAUGAAUCAUGCGCGCCGACGAGGACCCAGGAGUCGAGCUCUAUCUCAAGGAGCGGGAGCUCCACCAAGACCUCCUCCUCGCAGCGACGCCGCCAAUUGCAAUUCCAGAGACAAAAGGAGGCCAAACUUUAUGACCGCGGCAAAGGCGGAGGCGGAGAUGAGGCGUCGACCUCAACUUCGGCCACGGCCACGGCCGCAGCCUCCAAUCCCCCGCCGAUGGGCGGCGGAGAGCUCGUGAACUGUAUAGCCUACGAUGACAACACCCUGGUCAUAGAGCGCAAGCCCUCGCCCACCUCCCCGUCCACCUCGCGUCGCUAUCUGAAGGCCGAGACGCCGACGCGUGGCAGUCGGAAGUACAAUCGCAAGUCAUCGUCGCCCAAGAGCGACCUGGAGGUGGUGGUGGUCCGUCCCGAGCACCAUCAUCAGCAUCGAUCGCCCACGAUAACGCUGCCGGUGCCGGUGGCCACGUCAACACUGACCACAUCGGCAUCCGCGGGCACAACGCCCACGGGAGCAGGCCUGGGAGCCGGACUGGGAACUGCAACGGGGACGGUCCUGCAACAAAGGUACAUGCAGCUCCAGCUGGAGCACGAAAAGAAAUACAUUUUCCAUGCCAUGCAAGAGUUCGAUUUAAUGGAACAAACUAGACGGUCUAGGGCAUAUUGCAGUGCGCUUGAACCUCUCGACGAUCCCGGUCAGCCUGGUCCUGGUGGUGCCAGGAGGAGACCCACCAGCACUGAACUCGCUCUCAGCAACGUCACCAGCCAGAUUGUGAACAACGCCACCUACAAGCUAGACUUCAAGCAGCGCCGUCACAAAAGCAACAACGGAGGCCCUGAGUCCGCUGCAGCAGCAGGCUCUGGACCUGGAGCGGGAUCAGGAUCAGGAUCUCUCACUGGACUAGCUGCCGGUUCAGGCUCAAGUCCGGGACAAGCGGCAGGACCCUCGACCGGCGGCAGCGGAAGCGGAAAACGCCGCAAGUCCAGCUGCACUUCCUGCGGAGGCGGUGGCAUCAGUGCUCCGCCUAGACUCACGCCCGAGGAGGCGUGGCAGCUGCAGCCGCAGAAUAGUGUGACCAGUGCCGGGAGCACCAAUAGCAGCUACAGCAGCGGCGCAGGGCGGGACGAGGACAGCAGCUACAGUGCCGUCGGCGGCGACAGCAGCAGCAGCAACAGCUGCAACUGCGACAUCACCGGCGACAAUAGCACGCUGCAUGGGUUUGGCGUGGGCGACGUCAGCAGCUUCAUCGGCGAUUGCGACGAGUGCGACCACGACCACGAGGACGACCCCGAGGACGAGUCUCAGACGCUGCGCACGGCUGCCAUCGUAGCGGCAGUUGCAGCAGCAGCCAAGGAGGCCCGCGACCGGGAUCAGGACCAAUCGCUGGGCGCCGGCGGCAACACAGAUUGCGAAAGCUUCAGUGAACGGCGCCAGGAUGCCGAUGAGGGCGUCCGGAUCAUCCAGGAUAGCGGCGGAAACAACGACUCACUCGAGGACGUCGGUGAGGUGGAUGACAACGCCGAUGUGGUGGUGAGAAAGAAUACACGAAACCGUCCUUCGAUCAGAAGGACAUGUAGAAUCACCGAAGAGGACGACGACGACGACGACGUUGAAAUCGAUCAAGAGGAACAGGAGGUGGACGACGAGGAGCCGGAGGGCACCACCAUAGACAUUGAUGAGCAGGAACAGCAGGAGCAGCAGCAGCAGCACGAAGACGAAUACGUUGAGGACGAAGACGACGACGACGAGGACGUUGACGAGUAUUUCGAGGAGGAGGAGGACGACACCCAGGCCUUUUCGCCAUUCUACUCCAGCUCAGCGGAGCUCAUAGACAAUUUUGGAGGCGGCGCUGGAAAAUUCUUCAACAUCAUGGACUUUGAGCGUGGAGCCGCCGGCGGUUAUUCGCCGAACGGCAAUGGAGGAGGAUCUGGCGGCGGAGAUGCAUCCCAAGGAGCGCGUUAUGCCGGCGAGGGAGAACUGGGCGGAGGGAACAAUAUAAUGGGCAUCGAUUCAAUGGGCAUAGCAAACAUUCCGGAGACCAUGAAUGGCACCACCAUCGGACCCAGUGGAGCCGGUGGCCAAAAGGGAGCGGGAGCUGCUGCCGCUGGCCAAAAGAGACCCCAGCGGAGGGGCAAACCGCAACCGGAUCGCCCACAAAGAGCACUAUUUUGUUUGAGUGUAAAGAAUCCCCUCCGUGCCCUGUGCAUCCGCAUCGUGGAGUGGAAACCAUUCGAGUUCCUUAUUUUGUUAACCAUAUUUGCCAAUUGUGUUGCCUUGGCUGUCUACACGCCUUAUCCGGGCAGCGAUUCAAAUGUUACGAAUCAGACUUUGGAAAAAGUUGAAUAUGUAUUCCUAGUUAUAUUCACAGCGGAAUGUGUUAUGAAAAUUUUAGCAUAUGGUUUUAUGUUACAUAAUGGUGCAUAUCUAAGAAAUGGAUGGAAUUUAUUAGAUUUUACAAUUGUAGUUAUAGGAGCGAUUAGCACAGCACUCUCCCAUUUGAUGAAGGAUGCGUUCGAUGUGAAGGCCCUCCGGGCCUUUCGUGUGCUACGUCCGUUGCGACUUGUAUCGGGUGUACCAAGUCUACAGGUUGUGCUUAAUUCAAUUUUAAAGGCCAUGGUGCCACUGUUUCACAUUGCACUCCUGGUAAUAUUCGUAAUCAUAAUCUACGCGAUCAUUGGCCUAGAGCUAUUCUCUGGCAAACUGCACAAGGCGUGUCGCGACGAGAUCACAGGUGAAUACGAGGACGAGAUCCGGGCCUGCGGCGGAGGCUAUGAGUGUCCGCCGGGCAUGAAGUGCUACGGCGGCUGGGAUGGACCCAAUGAUGGCAUCACCAAUUUCGACAACUUCGGCCUGGCCAUGUUGACGGUGUUCCAGUGCGUCACCCUCGAGGGCUGGACUGAUGUCCUGUAUAACAUCCAAGAUGCCAUGGGCAGUGACUGGCAAUGGAUGUACUUCAUUUCCAUGGUCAUCCUGGGUGCCUUUUUCGUGAUGAACCUGAUUCUUGGUGUGUUGUCCGGAGAGUUCUCCAAGGAGCGUAACAAGGCCAAAAAUCGCGGUGACUUCCAGAAGCUACGCGAGAAGCAGCAGAUCGAGGAGGAUCUGCGGGGCUACCUCGACUGGAUAACCCAGGCGGAGGACAUUGAGCCGGAUGCCGUCGGUGGUCUAAUAUCCGACGGCAAAGUUAAGCAACCCAACGAAAUGGACUCCACCGAAAACUUGGGUGAGGAGAUGCCCGAAGUUCAGCUAACAGAGUCACGAUGGCGCAAGAUGAAGAAGGACUUUGAUCGGGUCAAUCGCCGAAUGCGACGUGCCUGCCGAAAGGCCGUCAAGUCUCAGGCUUUCUACUGGCUCAUCAUUGUCCUGGUGUUCCUCAACACGGGUGUCCUGGCCACGGAGCAUUACCAGCAGCUCGAUUGGCUGGACAACUUUCAGGAAUACACAAACGUGGUCUUCAUCGGCCUCUUCACCUGCGAAAUGUUGCUGAAGAUGUACAGUCUGGGCUUUCAGGGUUACUUUGUUUCGCUGUUCAAUCGCUUUGAUUGCUUUGUGGUGAUUGGCAGCAUCACUGAGACCCUUCUGACCAAUACUGGAAUGAUGCCUCCCUUGGGUGUCUCUGUGUUGCGUUGUGUGCGUCUUCUGAGAGUCUUCAAAGUGACCAAAUACUGGCGAUCCCUAUCGAAUCUCGUUGCUUCCCUAUUGAACUCCAUACAAUCGAUUGCUUCGCUUUUGUUACUGCUCUUCCUAUUUAUUGUGAUAUUUGCCCUGCUCGGCAUGCAAGUCUUUGGCGGCAAGUUUAAUUUCAAUGGCAAAGAGGAGAAGUAUCGAAUGAAUUUCGACUGCUUCUGGCAGAGCCUGCUCACAGUCUUUCAGAUCAUGACUGGUGAGGAUUGGAAUGCUGUGAUGUACACGGGCAUCAAUGCCUAUGGUGGAGUCUCCUCCUACGGUGCCUUGGCCUGUAUUUACUUUAUCAUAUUGUUCAUAUGCGGUAACUAUAUAUUGCUGAAUGUGUUCUUGGCCAUUGCCGUGGACAACUUGGCUGAUGCCGACUCUCUAUCGGAGGUGGAAAAGGAAGAGGAGCCUCACGAUGAAUCAGCCCAGAAAAAGUCUCAUAGUCCCACCCCCACCAUCGAUGGCGAAGAUGAUCAUCUGAGCAUUGAUUUGGAUAUGGAUCACAAUGAACUGGAUGACGAGGACAAAAUGGAUCAUGAAACUCUCUCCGAUGAGGAAGUCCGUGAAAUGUGCGAGGAGGAACAAGAAGUGGAUGAAGAAGGCAUGAUUACAGCACGGCCACGACGUAUGUCCGAGGUUAAUACGGCCACGAAAAUUCAACCCAUACCGCCGGGCACAUCAUUUUUUUUCUCACAAAAGAACAGAUUUCGCGUCUUCUGCCACUGGCUCUGUAAUCACAGCAAUUUCGGCAACAUUAUCCUGUGUUGCAUCAUGUUCUCGUCGGCCAUGUUGGCAGCCGAGAAUCCUUUGAGGGCCAACGAUGACCUGAAUAAAGUGCUCAAUAAAUUUGAUUACUUUUUCACGGCAGUUUUCACAAUAGAACUGAUUCUGAAAUUGAUUUCUUACGGCUUCGUGUUACACGACGGAGCCUUCUGCAGGUCCGCAUUUAAUCUAUUAGAUUUACUUGUGGUCUGCGUCUCAUUGAUAUCUCUAGUGUCCAGUUCGAAUGCGAUUUCAGUCGUGAAAAUUCUACGUGUGCUCCGUGUUUUAAGGCCGCUCAGAGCCAUCAAUCGUGCCAAGGGUCUCAAGCAUGUUGUUCAAUGUGUCAUAGUCGCGGUUAAGACUAUCGGAAAUAUUGUGCUCGUCACAUGCCUACUGCAAUUCAUGUUUGCCGUUAUAGGAGUCCAAUUGUUUAAGUAUGUGGUCAAGUGCGUUGUAGUCGCAAUCAAAACCAUCGGUAAUAUCAUGUUGGUGACAUAUUUGUUGCAAUUCAUGUUUGCUGUUAUUGGAGUACAACUCUUUAAGGGUAAAUUUUUCAAGUGUACUGAUGGUUCCAAAAUGACUGAAGCUGAAUGCUAUGGCACCUAUCUGGUCUACGAUGACGGUGAUGUCCACAAGCCACGUCUCAAGGAGCGAGAAUGGAGCAACAACCGAUUCCACUUUGACGAUGUGGCCAAAGGCAUGCUGACCCUUUUCACAGUGUCCACCUUUGAGGGCUGGCCCCAAUUACUUUAUGUUUCCAUCGAUUCGAAUAUGGAAAAUGGUGGCCCCAUACACAACUUCCGUCCGAUCGUAGCUGCCUACUAUAUAAUCUACAUUAUUAUUAUUGCCUUCUUCAUGGUGAACAUAUUCGUUGGUUUCGUUAUUGUCACCUUCCAAAACGAGGGCGAGCAGGAGUAUAAGAAUUGUGAUCUGGAUAAGAAUCAACGUAAUUGCAUAGAAUUUGCAUUAAAAGCAAAGCCUGUAAGGCGAUAUAUACCCAAACAUGGUAUACAAUAUAAAGUCUGGUGGUUCGUAACUUCCUCAUCAUUCGAGUACACUAUAUUCGUAUUGAUCAUGAUAAAUACGGUAACGCUGGCCAUGAAGUUCUACAAUCAACCUCUGUGGUACACGGAACUUCUCGAUGCUUUAAAUAUGAUAUUUACAGCAGUUUUUGCACUGGAAUUUGUUUUUAAAUUGGCCGCCUUUCGAUUUAAGAACUACUUUGGCGAUGCCUGGAACGUUUUCGACUUCAUUAUUGUUUUGGGCAGUUUCAUAGAUAUUGUCUACUCUGAAAUCAAGAGCAAAGAUACGUCUCAGGCUUCUUGUGACAUUGUCGAGGGUUGUAAAUCCAAGGCGAAGUCGGGUGGCUCGAAUCUUAUAUCCAUUAAUUUCUUCCGACUGUUUCGUGUUAUGCGACUUGUCAAGCUUCUUAGCAAAGGAGAAGGCAUUCGCACCUUACUUUGGACAUUUAUAAAAUCUUUUCAGGCUUUGCCCUAUGUGGCUUUGCUUAUUGUACUUUUAUUCUUUAUUUAUGCAGUGGUUGGAAUGCAAGUAAGUUUUUGGCAAAUUGCAUUGGAUGGCGGCAACUCCAUUACGCACAACAAUAACUUCCAGACCUUCCAGCAGGCAGUUUUGGUGCUAUUCCGAUCAGCCACCGGAGAGGCGUGGCAGGAUAUCAUGAUGUCCUGUUCGGCCCAGCCGGAUGUUAAAUGUGACAUGAACUCGGAUACGCCUGGGGAUGCCUGCGGCUCCUCAAUAGCCUAUCCCUACUUCAUUUCCUUUUACGUUCUCUGUUCGUUUUUGAUCAUUAAUCUUUUCGUGGCUGUCAUUAUGGACAACUUCGAUUACCUGACCCGCGAUUGGUCCAUCCUGGGUCCCCAUCAUCUAGACGAGUUCAUCCGCCUGUGGAGCGAAUACGAUCCGGAUGCCAAGGGUCGCAUCAAGCAUUUGGACGUGGUCACAUUGCUGCGAAAGAUAUCGCCACCGCUGGGCUUUGGCAAGCUCUGUCCACAUCGCAUGGCCUGCAAGCGGCUGGUGUCCAUGAACAUGCCCCUUAACUCCGAUGGAACUGUUCUCUUCAAUGCCACCCUUUUCGCUGUGGUCCGCACCUCCCUUAGCAUCAAAACGGAGGGCAACAUCGAUGAUGCCAAUGCCGAACUACGGGCCACCAUAAAGCAGAUCUGGAAGCGGACCAAUCCAAAGUUGCUGGAUCAAGUGGUUCCGCCGCCGGGCAACGAUGAUGAGGUGACAGUGGGCAAAUUUUACGCCACCUAUCUCAUCCAGGACUACUUCCGGCGCUUCAAGAAGCGCAAGGAGCAGGAGGGCAAGGAAGGACAUCCGGAUAGCAAUACGGUCACCUUGCAGGCGGGUCUUCGAACCCUGCACGAGGUGUCACCGGCCCUCAAGAGAGCCAUUUCCGGCAAUCUCGAUGAACUGGACCAAGAGCCAGAGCCCAUGCACCGGCGUCACCAUACGCUCUUCGGCAGCGUUUGGUCGUCGAUCCGGCGUCAUGGCAAUGGAACCUUCCGGCGGAGCGCCAAGGCGAAUGCCUCGCAGAGCAAUGGAGCUCUGGCCAUCGGUGGCUCCGGGGCAGUGGGCAUGGGUGUGGGUGGCAGCACCAUGGUGCUGGGCAGUGCCGAUGCCGCUGGCGGGGAUUACCUGUACGACAGCUUGAACCGCAGUGUGGCCGAUGUGAACAAUAUUACGCGGAAUAUCAUGCAAGCUAGACUGGCGGCGGCCGGGAAGCUGCAGGACGAACUGCAGGCCUCAGGAAGCGGUGGAGAUCUCAGGACCUUCGGCGAGAGUAUCUCCAUGAGACCCUUGGCCAAGAACGGUGGUGCCGGGGCCCCGGUUACUGUGACCGGAACGCUACCACCGGAGGCGAAUGCCAUUUCCUACGACAACCGCAAUCGUGGUAUUUUAUUGCAUCCAUAUAACAAUGUCUACGCCCCCAAUGGUACUAUUCCUGGCCACGAGCGCAUGAUCCAAUCGACACCAGCUAGUCCCUACGAUCAGCGUCGUUUACCAACUUCAUCUGAAAUGAACGGCCUGGCCGAAUCAUUGAUUGGAGGGGUAAGUACUCGCCGCUGAGGGAUUGGGAAAUACUGUGACUCUGAGUUCGUGGGGACAGCAGCUCGAGAGAUGCGCGAGGCUCUGGACAUGACGCCCGAGGAGAUGAACCUGGCCGCCCAUCAGAUCCUCUCGAAUGAGCAUUCACUAAGCCUGAUCGGCAGCAGCAAUGGCAGCAUCUUCGGUGGCUCGGCCAGUGGCCUGGUUGGUGCCGGUGGUGGUGGUGGUGGUGGUGGUGGCAGCAGUAGCAUUCGCAAUGCCUUCGGAGGUAGUGGCAGUGGACCUGCCUCCCUGUCGCCACAACAUCAGCCAUAUUCGGGCACUCUACAAUCCCCACCGAUUCCGGAUAAUCGGCUCAGACGCGUGGCCACAGUUACGACCGCAAACAAUAAUCAUAAGUCCCAACUUAGCCAAAACAAUUCAAGUAAUUUAAAUAGAGCUAAUGCUAAUAGUCAAAUAAACAUGAUACCAAACACACAACAGCAGCAGCAGCAACAGUUGCAGCAGCGGCAGGAGAAAUCGCCUCAAAGAGGUCAGGGGAAUCAGGGUUUCUCCUCAUAGCACGCACACCUUAGGCCACAUAUACAAAAUGUCUUCUUGGUGGAAUUUUAAAUGCACAUUCAGCGUAAAUGAAUGAUGAAUGUGUUUUAUUUAACAGAAUUUUAUUUGUACAUCUAGCGAAAGUUGACGCAGAAUGUGUUAAUAUUUGUAUAAUUAGCGAAGAAAAAACAGUUUAGUCUUAGUACCGAGAAUUGUUCUAUUCGAAUCGUUCAAAAGGGGAACGAUAGCAGACAACUUGUAAAAUUUGUAUAAAUUAAAUCAACCAAUUGUAGUUGUAUAAAAUGAAUAGUGUUUUUUGCCUUUUUGAGAAGUCUAUCUUGGCGCAUUGUCCUCCAACGAGCCAUAAAACCAAUAUUAAGCAUAUAAAAUAAACUGAACAACAUACUAUAUGAAUGUAAAUUAAGGAAAUUAUAUAUUUUUGGAAAACAAAGAAACAAAAUAAAAUUAAAC